AUGUCUGUCAUUGCCCCUGUGUCUGCAAAACUCAACCUGAGAGGAAGCCCUGCAAGAUGCUACUCCCAACGCAACGCUUCCAUCCUCCUGAUGGCACUCACCAGUGGUGACCAGCCGAGGCUCCUGCUGCCCAGCGAGGUCCAGCAGCUCUCCAGAUGCGUGUGUGUGGCCCAGCAAGAAGCAGGCAGCAAGGAGGCUCCUUGUGCAAAACAAAACCUGGCCCUGAAGUCAGGCAGCUCCUCCUACAUUGUGCCCAUCACAGGGCGCAAUGGAGGCAACUGGAGACCCAAGGAUCAGCCACCAGCUAAGGCUGGUCACAUUGUGGGGGGCCAUGAGGCUCAGCCCCACUCCCAUCCCUACAUGGCUUUCCUGAAGGUAGGAACAUCGUUCUGUGGAGGCUGCCUGGUGGCGCCGGGCUGGGUGAUGACAGCAGCGCACUGCAUGGGGAAUAUCACAGUGAUCACAACAUCCACAAGCCAGAACCGAGCCAGCAGGGCCGGGGAGUCGACAGGUACCACCCGCACCCCAGAUAUAACCCCAACACCUACUCCAACACUUCAUGCUGCUCAAGGCAAGGCCACGCUGACAGCAAAGGCCACUCUCAACAGCUACGUCAAGACCACCCGCUUGCCCAAAGGCAGCAGCAACCUCCCGACGGGCACCAAGUGCGGUGUAGCUGGUUGGGGCCUCAUCGACGAUGAGCAGGUGACCAACAAGCUCUUUGAGGCCAGAGUCUCCAUCUACAGCCACAGGAGCUGUGUCCACCUCUACCCGCACCUCUACGCCGGCGUGGUCUGUGCCAGCAGCUUCCAUGAGCUCCGGGAUUCCAGCCAGGGAGAUUCAGGGGGUCCCCUGGUGUGCAAUGAGGUGGCACAAGGCAUCGUGUCCUUCGGGUACGACACUCCUGCCAUGGUCUACACCCACAUCUGCAACUACCUGCCCUGGAUCAGGAAAACCAUGAAGCAGCAGCAGCAGCUCCAGAGGCUGCUCCGGUUCAUUCCUGCCCCUGCUCAAGGCUUGAGCCCCUCCUCGGCACCCCACGGGAUCAGCACACACCAGGAUCCCUCCCUCUGUCCCAUGGCUGCCGGUUGUCCCAUUCCCUGCCCAUCCUGGCAGAACCAGGAUCAUCCCGGAUGGCACCUGAAGGAGGCUGUGCUACAACAGACCCCAUUUCCAUCACCCUGUCCCUGCUUGAGCCUCGCUGCGCUUACACCCCCCCGGUAA